GCCUUCCAAACAUUGUUAAAAGUAAACUCAUACAAACAGUUACAAUGGUAGAUUGGAUUGGAUCAAACGCUGAUCUUUGAUCUAAAUAACAACAAUAAUAAUAAUAAUAAUAUUCUGAAGAACCCGUUUUCCUCCAACAUCCACAACAAUUUAUGGAUACAAUUCACUGAAACCCGAUCCAAUUCAAACCAGUCUGGGUUGGUUAACAAAUCGAUCGUGAUAAAAAAAUGGCGGGAAUGGGGCAGCUGAUGAUUACAGACACGAUCUUGUCGUUCAUGUGGGUUUGGGCAGGCGUUAUUAUAAGAAUAAUCAUGCAAAGUUUUCCAGGGUUGAGCUACAAUGAUCAUGUUUCUGAAUUCUCUAAGUCUUGUCUUUCCCUUCUUAACAUGUUCUUGUUUUCUUAUUUGGUUAAACUCACCAAUGGUGGCGCUUACAAUCCAAUUCCUGUUUUCACAAACGCCAUUAAUGGAGAUUUUGUUACGUUUCUGUUCAAUAUUGCCAGAAUCCCGUUUCAGGUGUUUGGAUCGAUUAUGGGAGUGAGGCUUGUUCUCGAGAUUUUUCCUGAAAUAUGGCGUGGGCCUGAGCUGAUUAUCAACCUUAAUCAAGGUGCAUUGACAGAAGGAUUAUUGACAUUCACACAGGUGCUGAUUGCACAAGGUCUUGAUAGAAACAUUCGUAGCGGUUUCUUUAGGAAAACUUGGAUUAAUAGCGUCUUAAAACUUGCUCUUCAUAUACUUGGAUCAGAUUUAACUGGUGGAUGCAUGAAUCCAGCUGCUGUUGUCGGUUGGGCAUAUGCUCUCGGUGUUCAUAAAACAAAGGAGCAUAUAGUUGUUUAUUGGUUUGCCCCCAUCGAGGCGACUUUACUGGCGGUAUGGACAUUUAGGUUGCUGGUACGGCGGCCAAAACCAGAGAAACAGAAGAAACAGAAGACCAACUGAAGGUGAUUCUAUCACACGGUUGCACAAAACCGAUCCUUCUACAUAUAUAGAAUGAAGAUUCCAUUUACAGAAUUGUACAUUAUAGAUUUUUUGGUCUUCCAUACCAAUUGCGUUCUUUAAUCUCCGAGUUAGAGAUACUUUGACUUUUCCAAGUCAAACAAGUAUUUUUCAGUAUUCAAAAGUGAUGUAUAGUCAACUCAUGCUGUAUUCCUUUAUCACAAAAUUGCAGAAGCUUUGACUUUUAAAAGUCAAUUAAGUAUUAAAUGUGAUGUACUGAUGUAAUACAUAUUUUGAUCAAGUACACAUGCCAAAAUUGUCGUGUUA